AUGUUCCAGGAGUGGGACUGCGAUUUUGAAGAAUACUUACAAGAAGAUGUGAACUGGCACCAAUGUGACUAUCUAGACAAUUACAAGCCUUAUAGUGAGAUAGCGAGUAAUUACUCUUGCGUGUACAAGGGGAGUGAUUUCGAAAUUGAUCCAGACUAUCAAUUUGCAAACGUGAUUGGGUGGGACGAACUUUUGAUCCCUUAUUUGCAAGUGAUUGACGAAAUCGAUAAAGCAGCCUUCAGUAUUGAAUAUGGACGUGUUGCAAUGAAGGAUGAAACGUUUGACGACGUACACGAUUAUGCCGAAUGGAUGAGAGCGGAUGUUACGAAAGUGGCCUGUGCCUUGAAACGCUGUAUACUUAACAAAGCGCAGUAUGCGACAAUAUGUUGCACUGAUCAAAAGCCCAUUCAAAAAGGUAGCAAUUAUACGCUUUACGAAACCGAAACAACCACAACCACAACCACCACGACUCCUGCAACCACUGCUACAACCAUUGCAUCAACCGCCAUUGCCUCCACAGCAGCUACCACUGAAAACACUACCAGCGUAGCCAACACGCCUACAGCCACACCAUGUCCAACAGCUCCAACAACUCCGUGUCCAACAGCUCCAACAACUCCGUGUCCGACCUAUCCGCCAGCGAGAGCGAAAAGGGAGGUGAAGGCAGUAAAUGCGCACGUGUUUGUGAAGAGAGGAAAGUUACCCAAAGCUGCACCUGAUGAGAAUACAAUCUGCUCCAGCAAUAUAGGAAUGACAGACUCAAUAAGAGCGCUUUUCCUUGACAUGCAUAAUUAUCGCAGAGCCAAGCUAGCUCUGGGAGAAGUCACCACUUAUAAUCGUAAGCGCAUGCUACCAGCCAAAAAUAUGAUGAAAUUGAGCUAUGCCUGCGGACUGGAAGCAUCGGCUUUACGCUACGCUGCCCACUGCCCAUUAACAAAGUCUAAAGCGAGCGUUAGACCAAACCAGGGAGAAAACUUUUUACGUCUUGCGAAAGUCGGCUUUUCAAGUUGUGCAGAUGCAGUAAACAUGACUGUUUACGAUUGGUGGGAUGUUGUCAAUGAUACUCCUGUCAUUGAUAACACAGCAAAACUUCUUACUCGCCGUCUUCGCUCUCCUAUAGCAACUUUUACGCAGAUGGCAUGGGCAACUACUAGAUUUUUGGGAUGUGCUAUAGCCGACUGCAAUUCAUACUAUGUAUCCAUCUGUAGGUAUUCUCCAGAGGGAAAUGUUAUCGGAGAAAUGGUCUAUGAGCCUGGCCAUACUUGCACUGAAUGCAGCCGUGGUACAACAUGCGAAGAAGAAUUGGGGCUAUGUGUCUAAGACACUGACAACUACCACAUGAGAAUCAUUUUUUUUACCCUAUGAAGUGCGUAUGUUCAAAUACCAUGUAUCUUACUUAUGACUCCCAAAAAGGGCGUCUAAACGCAACUUCUUCAACAUCUGUGUUAAAGAGUUUUCCA